CAUCUGUGUCUGUUUUGUGCCCGCUUGCCUGUGAGUGAACGGAACAGAAUUGUAUAUGCUCACUUACUCUGGCUCAGGCCUCAGUGGCUCAGCCUAGAUAGCAGCGCUGCGGAGUGUGGUCGAUCGGCUAGGUAUUUGCCUCAAGCUCAGAAUAUAAAAAAUAUUGUUAUUCCAAUUACAAUUGUAAUUUGCAUAAUUUAAUUACAAUUGUAAUAUAAAAACUUUACGUGUCAUUGUUCGCGUCUUCUAAUACGCGCUUGGUUCGUGCAUUUUUCGUAUCGUAUCGGUGCACUGUUGUUCUUGGCGUUUAUUUGGCCGGCCAUUUUGUAUUUUCAUGCAAGGCAAGUAUACGCAGAGACUGAAGUUGGAGAAAAACUGGAUUUCUCUAUAAAUAAAAACUUUUGGGGAGUCGAGUGUAAACCGGCAACGAGUUUAAUCCUUGUGUUUUGAUUUGUGGAUGAAUUAUUGUUUUGGUACGACAUCUGUGAUUGUGUAUGUGAAUUUGGCUGACCCUGCAAAGACGAAAGACGCACAAAGUCAGCUAAAACUAACUGAAAUUCUUGAUAUAAAAUGAGAGUUAAUCAUGAGCACAAAGAUUGAAUCUGAAUUUCCAUCAUCAACACCAAACGAUGAGUCAGAUGGCGAGGAAGAAUGUGAUGCCCUAGAUAGCAAUGAUCAACCGGAAGAGGAUGAUCAACAGCAAGAAGAGCGCCAGGAUGUUAGAGAGCCUGUGAAAGCAGAUGUUGCUAAUUUAUUAGCACGACUGCAAUCCACCGGAGCAUUGCUCAAAAAGCCGAAACAGGAAUAUCACUGCUUCGAUUGUAAUAUUGAUUUUGACGGUUGGAAGGAGCUAGAACAACAUCUUGUAACCCACAUAUCCUUGCCCUCAGUGGUGUUAGACAAGCUGCCUUCCGACGACGAAGACCUGCCUCCUUCGGGAGAUGAAAAUUGGUCUGAUGAAGAGGAAGCACCAGCGCAGGCUAAGCCUGCAGCGGCAAAAACGCCCCAAAAGAUAGAUAUAUCGCAAAUACUAAAGAAGACUGGCCUUUCCUUAAAAAAACCAACUACGGAACCGCAAAAUUCUGAUUCAGCGUUAGACAAGUUAAGUGGAUUAGGUUUUACAAUAAAGAAAAAUUCAACUCCAAUUAAAAAAGAGAAACCAGAUAAGGAACCUGAAAAACAAAAUGAUGUUAUGCAAAAACUAGGUAGACUUGGCGGUAUAAAACUCAAGUUGAAAUCAGAUGGAAAUAAUUCAAAUUCAUUUAAAGUAGUGAACGGCCUUAAAGAUUUUAAGGCUUCUGAUGAUGAAGAUGAAGCAAGUGGCAAUGAAGAAGACAAAGAUGAUCAAGAAUCCAAUGAUGAACAAGAUAAAUCUGGAGAAAAUGAUGGAGAAAAUGAUUCUGAUGAACACGAAAAUCAGAGCAAGCGACAGAGUUCCGAUAGCAAUGAUUCCGAUAAAGUUAAAAAGAAGGUACCUAAUUUACCUAAAGGUGUCCAAGCAAAACUAGUACCGAAAAAGGAACCAAUGAAUAGUCCACCUAAAUUAACGCCGUUUAAGGUGGAGCAAGAGGAAGUACCAAAAGCGAAGCCAGGGAGACCUGCAGUUAAACAAACACCUAAAAGGGCAGCCAAUAACCUUGUAGCCCCUAAAGAACUUGCAAAACCUAAUAACCCUGUAACAAGAAGACAAUCUAAAAUAGAACAUAAAGAACCAUCACCAGCAGCUACUCCUGAAAGACGGGAAUCCAACGAUCGAGUGGACAACGUUGUAGUGAAACAAGAAGUUACAGAAAAUAUUAGUGGAGAGCCACAGACUACUGAUUUACCACUCUUUUCGGGCCAAAUUAAAUCUGAAAGAUCUACUCCCCCACUAUCUGAAAGGACCACACCUAUAUUAGCAUCAGUAAAAUCCGAACCUGAUGCAUCAACACCCUCAGCCAAUACUCAGCCCAUAUUCAGUUAUCAAAAUACCACAAAUGCGACUGCUCCAACGACUCCUUUACUUCCUGUAACAAAAACUGAGGAUUCUGGCGUAACAGUUAUAGAGAUAAAUGGUGAUUCAAAUGAUGAGGAUGAUGAUUGUUGUGUUGUGUCAACUACCCCCGCUCCCGUCAUAAAGCCUAAAAUUGAACAUUCACCGCCACCUGCUUAUCCAAACCCUCCUAACUAUUCAACAUCCCAAGCAAGUUACCAGAGCUCAGCACCAACUCUGUCCUCUCGUCUAUCAUCUGGCCCGUCCACUGCGAAGCAACACAAUUUUAAUUGGAAUGCUCCAGAUACAAAACCACCAUUAGAUAUGCUUGAAAAAAGUGCAGAUGAUAUAUUUGAAAGUCUCCUAUCGACUGCGACAAAAAAGGAAAAUCUAUCCGAUGCAAGUGAAUAUGUAUCUUUAGAUUCUUUAGGACCUCAACACACGUGCGAAGUUUGCAAUACCAGAUUCACUAAUUUAUCACUUUUAGAUGAACACAGAAGGGUGACAGGCCAUUGCACCAGCAUCAUAGCUGCAACCCCUUCGUCUUCACUCAUGCCCUAUAAUCACUCAUCAAAUAUUCUUUCGAGUUUAAUACCAGUGAAGCAGUUAGCAGAACAAGUGGGAAAGCUGUCGACAAUCGGCGGUAGUGGCCCAGGAUUCACGCACCAACAAAAUGUGAUGAUUAAUAUCCAAGCUUAUCCUGGAGCAGGAGGAGUUAUGGUGCCGCCUCAAUCAUACAACGCAUAUACUAGUGGUCAGAAUAUGCCUGGGAACUAUCCCCAAUCUCCAAGUAAUUUGUAUAGUUCACCUGGCAGUCAACCGAUGCCUAACCAAUAUCCUGGGUCGAACUUCAUGGGACAAGGAUACGCUCAAUACCCCUCGCCUAUGUCAAAAGCUGGAUAUCCCGGAUCAAUGGCACCAAACUCAUAUUCAAUGGCUUCAUCUCCAUAUUCUACAGCAUCCCCAUUGCAAAGCAUGCAACAAAGUGUUUAUGGUCAAUCUCCUAUGAUGAGUCAACCUGGUGCGAUGGGGCCACCCGGCUCUUCGCCAAGUCAUUCUUACGCCUCCGCGUCGAGUCCUGGAGGAGCAAUGAAAGUUCAGGCAGGCAGUGGAAUCAAAAUACAAAAUAUUCAAACUUUUCCUCCUGGUCAAAUGAUGGGACAGUCUGUGACUGGUCAAACCAUAACUGAAUUAGGUGGACAAACAAUAACUGGUCAAAUUCCUGGGCAGAUAUCUGGGCCUACACCGAUAAGGAUGGCCGCAGGUGCAAAUAUUGCCGGAGCUCGACCGCGAAUGCCAUCUGUAAGAGGACAGCGACCUACCAUUCGGCCCGGCAUUCAAGUUCAUGGCCAAGUUCGAGGCGGUAAAAUUGCACCCCGUAUGCCUUUAAAGAGACCCGGGGCGAUGGUCGGCGGACCUGGUCAAAAGCGAAGACCCGAUAUGUUGCUACCUGGUAAACACGACAACGAGGACUGUCAGGUCAUGGCGCUGCAGAAGCAGCGCGAGGGUCUGCCGUUGAUCCAUAGCGUGCAGGGGGCCAAAGACAAACUUAACAUCGGCAGCCAAAUCUCUAUCACAAAGAAAGCCAAUCCCGUUAACAAAGAAGCGAAUGCGAUGGCCAAUGUUCUUGCAUCCAGAGGUAUAAGUGUUAAACAGAAACAGAAAAGUAGAUCUCCGACACCAGAGCGCCCAUUGCCACAUAUUCCCAAUCUUGGGUCAGGAGUCAGUAUUAAACACACGUCUAAAUCAAGUAAGUUUUCAAUACCUGAAGCAAAAGUCGGCACUGGCAUGUUUUCAUGUAAAAUCUGCAAGAAAAUGUUCAUGAACCACACGUCAUUACAAGUUCACAUGUCAAAUGCUCAUCCGCAAACGACUAGUAAAAUUCCCGUGUUUAAAUGUGACGAGUGUCCAGCUUCAUAUCCAAAGUCAUUGCAACUGCAGCAUCAUAAGAGGGUGUUCCAUAAUGUAACAGGUCCUAACAGGGAGCUGGGGUUGCCGGUAGUGGAUCUGUCGCAAGAAGAUAAUUUAAAACGAUUGAGUAGUUUAGGAAUUUAUAGUUUUAUACCUUUGGCAAACCGAGAGCAGGCUAACGGUUGCUUUGGCAUACCUGUGAUAUCAGUGCACAACAUGCAAAACGGUUUAACAUCAAGUUUACAAGCGCUUGGUGCUGAUGGACUGUUGAGUCUUGGACCUUUGAAACCCUUACCUAAUUAAUAAAAUUUUAUUUAUGAUAGUUAUAAGUGAAAGUAUUACAGCGCAUCUUGUGAGGCGAAAUAGUGAUAUAGCUU